AACUGCCAGUAAAUGAUAGUAGAACCUGGCCACAAAAAUAGCGGUGGUUCUCAGCUACUGAGUGUUCCUUUAAGAACGCAGUCCAGCCGAUUACAAGACGGAGGGAGGCCUGUCUCCAAGUCACGAGACCAGAAAAACCUCUUGCUUAAUGAAGGAAGCCUUUGUAGGCUGCUGCAGUCAGGGGCCGGUCUUCCCUCUUGUUGCAUUGUAAUGCUAUAUAACACACAGAUGGGUCAGGCCAUCAGAAGAAAAAGGACUCUUAUUCCUUUCUGAGUGGACUGGGCAUUCUGCAAGACCCCGGAACAAAGAGGGGACCUGUUCCCGAGCCCUAGCCCGGCUGUACCAAACAAACAUCUGCCCCUGUGCUGAUGCUGUUCCUCCCUCUGAAUCUGCUACCCAGUAAGGAUCUUGGUUCAUCAGUUUGCUCAGGAGUUCCAGCCCUCAUUUUGACAAUGGCAGAUCCAAAAGGUUCCAUUCUGACCCAUCAAAUUUCAACUCCCAUCAUGCAUUUCUCUGUGUUUCAAAGGCUUUCUGUCUCUGUGUGCUUCUUGGAAUGUAUUGGAAUUCUGGGAAGACCUGAGAACUAACUUGCAGUGUCAUGUAUCCUCUUGGUCAAAGACUAUCUGGGAAUGGCCUGAAGAUCUUGGGACAGUUCCAGAUAAGAUCUAGGCCCCAGGAGCUGGCCUGAACCCUGAGGCUUCAGCUGUAGGAUGAACUAAGGAGAGCCUAUUCAUGGAUUAAGAAUAAAACACAUUGGAAAAGAAUAUAGAACCUGGAAUCUGAAAAGGAGAGAGAAAUGAUUUUCAUCACCUAUCUAAGGAGUCGCCUUCCUCCUACAAUCAGAAAUCUGACUCUUCAGAAGAAAUUCAACUCUAGAAAAAUGUCUGGCAUGUCAGAGGGACCUAAACAGGCGAGUGUGGUGGUCUUGCCCAAAUCCUUUGCUGAGGACUUUGAAAAGUUCUGCCAGGCCAACAGUGGUCCUCUGCCCCUGCUCUAUAGAAGCAAACCUGGCGAAUGGAAGGGGCCCGCUCUGAGUGUCGGCUUGGACAUCAGAAACAAUGGCCUGCGGUACAAGAAAUAUGAGUUUGGUUCCUGUACUGACAACCUGACAAGCCUGGAAGGUUAUUCGGAACAGCUUAAAGACAUGGUCACAUUCUACUUGGACUGCAGCAUUUCACCUAAAGAAGCCAUGAAGAAGGUUGGGAUUCCAGUAAGAAGUAAAGAAAGUCAUGAAAAUGUGAGCAUAUACAAGACAACUGUUCCUUGUUCCACUGUUGGCAGCUUUUGUUGCCCUCUAGUGGUCACUAUGGCUCCCAUUCCCGAGGACAAAUUGGAAGCUGUUCUACAUGACAUUUACCUAACAAGAGGUGUACCAGGAGAGCCCAUUCACAUUGGCUGCCCAGAGCUAUUGGGAAUUGAAGAUCUUUCCAAACCAGACUAUGGGGAACCUGUGAUACUUAAGCCAGGAGAUGUCCCAGUGUUUUGGGCCUCAGAGGUGACAAGCCUGGAAGCUGUUAGCAGCUGCAGGUCACCGCUGGCUUUUACUAGUUCUCCUGGGUAUGCGGUUGUUAUUGACCAGAAGGAUAAAAGGAUUCAAGUGAGUCAUCCUGGGGAAGUCCUAGCGGUCCAGUGCAUUUCCCAAAAUCCUCUGCAAUACAGUAUUACUUCAUCUUCCACUGUACAGAAAAUUAGAGAACUAGAGAACAUAAUUGCCAGAGAUCCAGGGAACCGAGGAAUAAAGCAUCUGUUCAACAAAGAUGAACUGCUGAAGGCUUCUCUGUCCCUGUCCCAUGCUCAUUCAGUGCUCAUCACCACUGGGUUCCCCACCCAUUUCACUCACGAUCCACCUGAAGAGACUGAUGGUCCUCCGGGAGCCAUUGCAAUGGCUGCCAUUUUGCAAGCUUUAGGAAAGGAGGUUGCCAUUGUUGUUGAUGAGAGAGCCAUGAACCUGCAUAGAAAGAUUAUUGAAGACUCCGUCGAUCAAGGUGUUCUGAAGACAACAGUACCUCUGUUAAAUUACCAAGGUGGGGAAGCAGGAUCAGCUCUCAUGUUCUUGUGUAAGGAUGGGGAUCCCAAGUCACCAAGAUUUGAUCACUUGGUGGCUAUAGAGCGCUCAGGGAGGGCAGCUGAUGGCAAUUACUACAAUGCUCGAAAAAUUAAUAUUAAGCAUCUAGUUGAUCCCAUUGAUGAUCUCUUCCUUGCUGCACAGAAGAUCCCUGGAAUCUCAUCAACUGGUAUUGGUGAUGGAGGGAAUGAACUUGGGAUGGGAAAAGUCAAAACAUCUGUGAAGAAGUACAUCAAGAAUGGGGAUGUCAUAGCCUGUGAUGUGGAAGCUGAUUUUGCUGUCAUAGCUGGCGUUUCUAAUUGGGGAGGCUAUGCUCUGGCCUGUGCACUGUAUUUACUGAAUAUGAACAACAUACAUAGGCGCUACCUACAGAAAGCUGUUGGGUUACCUACUACCUCAUCAAAAGCACCAGCCUGGGCUCAGGCUCUCCCAUCUGUCAUAAAGGAAGAAAAAAUGAUGAAAAUCCUGGUACAACACCAAGUCCGGAGUGGAGUAACUGGCAAUGUGGGAAUGGAAGUGGAUGGUCUGCCCUUUCAUGGCACUCAUGCUGAAAUGAUCCAAGAGCUUAUUGAUGUUACCACCAUGUAACUCUCUCUCUCUCUCUCUCUCUCUCUCUCUCUCUCUCUCUCUCACACACACACACACAUUUUCUAUAAGCUAUUGCUCUUUCUAGUUUUCCACUUUCCCAUAUAUAUAUAUAUAUAUUAUAUAUAUAUAUAUAUAUAUAUGUAUAUAUAUAUACAUAUAUACCCUACCCUGGGAUGCAUUUUUGUGCCAAGUCAGGGAAAUUGGAAGAUUGUAAGAGAGCCUGAAAAGGAAUCCAACAUAUAGAGAUGAAUUAAUGCAAUUUCAAAGGUAACUGAAAAGAAUUGGAAAGGAGGCAAUCACCUUCCAUUUGUCUGGGAAGUCACACCAAUGAAGAUAGAGAGAAAAUCCCUUGUACACUAGCUUUGAAAAUUUACUAGUGGUAAAAAAAAAAAAAAAAAAAAAAAAAAAAAAAAAAAAAACAAAAAAAAAGGCACAAAUUAUGUAUGAUAGUGCCUUGUGACUUAGUAAUGGUUAAAGUGAAGUCUUUGAUUUUGACCUAAAGAACCAAAAAUUAAAUCUGUAUCACUCAGUGACCAUGUCACAAUUUUUCUGAGCCUCUUUUUCUUCGCUAACAAAAUGAGGAGGUUAGACUGGAUAACUUCUAAAAGCUCUUCUGAUCUAAAUCUUUGAUCCUUUGAUCAAAUAAAUCAUUUCCAGCGAAUCAAAUAAUUUCUGCAUUAAUUUUUUAUAAAUAUAUUGAACUACUUUUCAUCCUUUAAAAAAAUCAAUAUUCUUUAAUGAGAUAACAGAAUUUAUUUUAAAAGAUUUUUUUAAUUGUAUGUAAUUUCAUUUAUAAAGUACUUACCAUAUUCCAACUACUAUGCUAGGUACUGGAUAUACAAAGACAAAAAUGACACAGUCCCUGUUUUUAAGAAGCUUACAUUCUAUUGAGGAAGACAGCAUUGCAAUUCUAAGAACACGCAAAAUUUUGUACAAUGAAAUGGGAUGGAGGGAGGAAAAACACCAGUAUCCAAGAAGAGCACAGCAUCCACAGGUCACGUGGGAGAUAAGCAUUUGAACUAAACUUAGAAGGAAACUUUCUGAGAUGUAGAGGUGAGGAGGGAAUAUCUUCCAGAAAAGUUCUGCAAUUUCUAUCCUUUAGCCAGUAUAUGCUUCAUAACAAUUAUGAUAAUGGCUUUUCUGAUGGCAUCAAUGAAAUGAUUCAUAAAAUUGGCAUAACACUACUGUGAUUAUUUUAGAAGUGAAAAGUUCAUUUUACUAAGUGCUAGUAAAAUACACAAGGUGACCCAAAUUCCUUCAUAUGUACUAAGAUAAUAUGUGUUCCUGAGAGGGUAAAAUCAUAGGGACCCACUGCCCAGCCAAAUGAGACGUUUCCUUACACUAGUUAUUGACAUGACUUUGGUAUAUAAGAAAAACCAAAGUGAUUUCUAAGAUGUAGCCAUUCACUUUAGCCGGCAUCUUCAUCCCAGCCUUAUGGGCAGACCUGAUGAUCAGCAUUUCCUUUUGCCCAGUCUGUUGUUGGAGGUACAUGAGCAAUGAACACAUUAAACCAAGCAGCCAAAUAAGGAAGAAUGAAAGCAGUAAAGGAUAUAGAUACAUGAUGGAUACAUGAGAAUUACUCAUUUGUACUGUUAUCUUCCUCCCCCCAAAAAAACCUUCCAAACUUCUCUAUUACUGUUGACCACCUUCCUUGCAGAUCUCCAGGCUCAUCAUCUAGAUGCCAUCAUGGACUCCUCACUAUCUGUCACUUUCCCCAUAUUGAAUUCAUUGCCAAAGCUAUUGAUUUCACCUUUGUAGAAUAUACUUUGGUGACAACCUAUUACUUCUAAGAGCAAAUAUAAAAUCUUCUCUUUGACAGUUAAAGCCUUUCACAAUCUAGUCUCAACCCACUUUUCCUGUUUUAUCAUAAAUGAUUCACCUUCCUGUACUGUAUAAGUCAACCAAAUAGCCUUUAUUGUUUUCUUUCCAUUCAUUUUACAAAAACACAAAUAAUUUAAAUAUGAAUAUGAAAUUAAACCACAAUACCACCCAUGAAUUAGAAUCCCAUAAAGAAAGGGAACAAAUUCAUACUGAAAACCAUCUGUGGAAUGAAACCUAAGACAAUUGCUUUAUUUUUGCAUUGUAUGUGGUAUCUACCCACAAGCAUAAUACCUACUGAAAGCUGCUUUGCUCACUGACAUGACCAAUUAUUUGAUCGUUGAAUUGUUUAUCUUUUGAUAAUAAAAUACCUAAAAAUGAACAGAUUCACCUGCUUGACUAAGUACAUUGAUAAAAUUAACUUAAUUGCUAACAAUUACUAUUUGUGACUAUAUAAUUCUUAUAAUAUUAAUGUAUAUUGGAUUAUUAUAUUACAUAAUAUUAGGUGAAAUAAAACUAUGUUGUAAGAAAAAUCAGGAUUUUUUCAAAAAAUU